AUGCAUCCGGCGCCGAUGCUGCAGCUUCUCGUGCUGCUGCUGCUGCUACUCGUGCCCGCGGCGCGCGCCAACAGCUGCGAUGAGGACGACUGCGCGCCCAUGUACUGCCUGCCUAGCUGGUGGCGCAGCUCAACAGCGCCUCAGCUGGUCGUCGCCGCCGUGCUGGUCUUCUUCGCCACGUUCCUGCCCCGGGUGCUCGUCCGUCUACUCAUCUUUGUGCUACCAAAGCUGCCGUUCAUGCGCCAAGUGGCCGAGGACUUUCGCGAGUCUUGCGUGGGCUCGACGUCCUACUUUAUCUCGAUGUCGCUGGUGUUGCUAGCGCUCUCUGUGUCAGAUCUAAGCAAGUUCUUGUGCCACCUGCCCACUUACAUCUGGGGAUUGUUUUUCCUGUACUGGCUCUACUCGCUGUUCAACGUCGUCGAGAGUCUGGCUGUGCGUCGGUUUGUUGGUGUGAAUGGAGAUUUUUCCAAGAAGAUGGUUAUAUCCGAGUCUGUCAAGAUCCUUCGGCUUACGACGCUGCUGAUUAUUGCACUUAUUAUCUACUCGUCCGCGCUAGGCAGCAGCGCUACCCUCAAGUAUUCGGUGUUGGGCGUCAUUGGGCUGGCCAUUGCUCUAGGUUUUGUGCCAUCGUUCCAUAACGUCGUGGGCGGCCUUUUCCUCGCGUUUAACUCCCAGUUCAAGAUUGACGAUUUUGUUCGUGUCGGCGAUGCAGAGGGCUUUGUGCAUCGUGUGUCGCUGCGCUACACGACAAUGGUGAGCCUAGACGGAACAACUCUUUAUGUUCCCAACAGCUUCUUCCUCUACAAACCCAUGAUCAAUUUUUCGCAACGUCCUAAGCGAGACGUAGAUUUGUACGUUCGAGUCUUGCGUGACACGAGCGUGGAGACGUUGCGACGGGCCCUCUGCCGUCUUGAGGGUAUGCUACAAUCGCUGCAUGUCGGGCUUACAUCCCACGAAGAAAACCAGUCGGACUUGCGGCAUGGUGAAAAGUGGGAACGGUUCUUCUUUGUGGCAAUGGAGGAGCUUUUUACUAUUCGCGUGUACUCAUACACAGAAGAGCUGGAUGCGCGAAAGUAUGCCAUGCUGAAAUCUGAAGUCUGGCUCGCGGUGACAGAAAUCAUGGAGGAGUUGGGUAUUCACAUGCUAAGCAACGGCGAUUCGGAGAACAUGUUUGCUGAAUCACUACACAACUGCACCGACUCGGGUAGCAAUGCCCGUAUGCACCUAGAUGAUGCCGGUGUCAGAGAUCCAUUCACUAGCGAGAUUGGUGCUAUAAUCGGAGUGCAGCCAAACAGUACAAGUAAUGGAUAUGAGGGGCCACGGACACAGCUGUGA